AAGUUAUCCCAAGAUCCCAUUUUAGCGGCAGAUGUUGCACGGCAAUAGUUGGCAUACGUGCUUGAGUAGCGUACAUUUUGCACUUACAUUAACUCAGGACAGAUUUGUUGUCAUCACCUGCAUAAAACUGUCAGUUAAAGAACGUUAUAUUAUCAUUUCAUCCGCGCCAGUAUUUUCCAGGAUAGUUCUUUACUGUGUCUUAAUACCAGUAAAAUCAUGCUGACCUUUGCUGACCACGAGGUACGGCUUGGAUGGAUAGACACUUUUGUCUGUUGAAAUGUGCUGGAGUCGUGCUGUUUUCGAUUUACAUGGUGCUUUCCUUGGACAAUUUCCACUCAUCAGCCUGUCCGACAGCUAUACAAAAGGCCUGCCACAAUAUCACGUGCUACUACACUAUCGCCACCCUGGAACGAAUUGUCCAAAACGCGACGCGCAAUCCAGCCAGUGACAAAAUCCACUUGGCUUUUGAACUACAUGACCGUAGCGCUUUUGGCAGCUUUGUCCAAGCGGUCCGCGUUGACUCAGGCGCUAGUGCUUCCCUGGCGUGCGCGGUGCACAAUGUCACAUUCAGCACUCCGCAGGAACUUCCGGAAAUUUAUUGGACAAUUAAUCAGCGCAUGCUAGCGUCUCUCCGCAACGGCCGUCUCACCAGUCCAGGCGUUUUUGACCUUAACCAUUCCACAAAAUCCCUUCCAUUGCCCACCUCCGCCUACGCUAACGUUACCGUAACGCUGACCCUGAAAAACGUUUCGUGGAGAGCCAGCGGCGACGUGGUCUGCUCCCAGCUGUGCCAUCUGACCCCAGUGAUUCGGCCUGUGCCCGUGCCCAUCAGGACGGGGAGCGUCGGAAAAAAAACAUUCUGCACCAGCUACAACCAGUACUUCCGCUUGCUGGUCUUUCCGUCGGCCAGCGAGCUUUUUCCCAUUCCGCUGGCCAACAUCACCGUGCUCCGUUGGUCUGAUACCAAUAUCAGCUGCGUUGUCAAUCGCCUGGAUGCCGGCAACAUACCAUCUUUCAUUUGGCGCUUCAACGGCCGGGUGAUUGCCGCCCCCGCGGACCACCCGCUGCAUGCCUUGGCUAGCGCUGUGGUGGAUCGUCGCGGUGGCUCCGGGCCGGCGGAAUAUUUUCCUUUGUACAACAUCUCCACAGCGAAGGAGUUGAAGUUUGCCGUAUCAUCCAGCAGUACGGCGACGACCAGCAGUAGCACGCUGUUCAUCAGCCGCGUCGACCUGCAUACUUCUGCGCGCGUGGAGUGCUGGGUGCGGCCGGAUGACAGCCAGGAGGUGUGGCGCCGGCAGAUUGCCUAUCUCCAUGUUGAAACUACCCCGGCCGCUUAAUCGCCAGCAGAAUGGCAUUUCGCUGUAACCUGUGUUCUGAUGUUUUCGCGUGUUUUGUACCAGUAGGGCCGUAAAAGAUGCUUACAUGUUGUUAUCUGCAUUUUUUUUCCGAAAAAAAUUUAAAAUAUUUGUGUAGUGCUGUCUAAUCGUAAAAAUAUAUUUAUUAGGAAUCGAAGGCUGCCCUGCACUGUAAUACUGUAGUACAUAAACACUU